UUUAUUUUAAUUCCUACACUCGCAUGGCGUGGUAGCCAACUCAGUUAAUUUAACAAAUCUGCUUAAUAAUUAAAUAUUUACUCUUUAAUUAUUAUUAUUAACUCUGAUAAAAGUGCAAAGUGUACCUAUCUACUUAUGAAUUGAAACAAAAAACAUAAUACAUAUUUGGUUUUGUUUAUGCCAUUUAUUACUCCAGUUCAUUAAGGGUUAACACAAAAGUAUCUACCUAAAGAUGAUAUUAACUCGGACACUUUUAUGGAUACAUUUAUUUAUUAUUUUCGAUGUCAUUGUACAGUUACAAAGUGUGACACCAUGGGGCAACAAACAACUUUUUCCACCAAGUAAGAUUCCCGAUGACGGUUUAAGCCCUCGGCGAUCCGUAGUAAGACGUAAAAUCAUUCUAUAUCACAAUUUCUUUCGUACGAAAGUUCGGCCUACAGCUUCUAAUAUGUUACUAAUGUCAUGGCAUCCCCUAGCAGCUCAAAAAGCUCAAAAAUACGCAGAACAGUGUAUAUUCCUUCAGCACAAUGAUCCUAAGGAAAACGCAGUGCCUUAUCUUGGCAAUUGCGGACAAAAUAUCUUUGUGUCAUCUCAUAAAACUCCCUGGUUUUUCGCAUUGAAGUCAUGGUUUCUUGAAUAUCAAAAUUUUACUUAUGGCGCACCAGUACGUAAUUUUAAGGCAGUUGGCCAUUACACGCAGAUGGUGUGGGCCACGAGCCAUAAGGUUGGCUGUGGCGUGGCCCACUGUGCUGGAGGACCAUGGGGGCAAUUUUAUAACUACGUGUGCCAUUACUGUCCAGGAGGAAAUUACGACACCAUGAUCCAGUAUCCCUACAAAAUGGGUAAACCGUGUGGCGAUUGUCCAAAUGACUGUAUCUCCGAUACACUGUGCGCGAACUCCUGUCCUGUUAAAGAUUUCUAUUCGAACUGCGACUCAUUGGUCCACGUGCCCGGUUACUGCAAGCGUGGAAUGUGUAAUGCGACCUGUUCAUGUGGCAAUGAGAAAAUACACAAGAAUUAUCCUUGGUAGUAUUUAUUUGUCUAGUAUUACUCUUAGAGCCAGACUUUCGCUAUUUUUAAAAGCCAUAGGUAAUUACUAUGCUCAUGCAUCACCAAAGAUAGGUAUUGCAUGGUACACAAUAUGCUAUAGCUACUUAUCAUUGGUACAUAUAUCAAACUAUAGAGUUUGGACCAUGGUGACUUUGGGAUAAGGUGUAGGAUUGUCUGUAAUACUCAAAUAUCAAUAAAUUUGAUUUCGUUCUUUACUUAACUUUGUGGCAACUCUUCACCAGAGGCUUAAGUAUAAUUGUUUGAAUUACCUAUACCUUAAGAAUUUAAACAGUUUUCAAAUGGUUUGCCACAAAACUAAGUUUCUGGCAACUGAAGAUAUAAUAUCUCCAACUAUUUCAACAAAUUAUAAUCAUAUAAAGCUUUUUUUGGCUGAUUGAGGGUCUGGAACUUUAAACCUGCUAGUUCCCAUACCAAUCUACAUUUUUGCCUCUUAUAGUCGCAUACUUACCUACCUACCUACCUUUAUACUAUACCUACACAGUAGGUAAAUGAGGGGUGGCUAACUUUCAACUUAUAUAAAAUCACGAAGGUCUGGCGAUGACAGUUUUGUUCUAAUAUAAAAUGUACUUAGGUAUUAUAAGUAAUUUAAACUGUAAAUAACCAUAUAGAUGCUCGAGCUUUUUACAUUUUGGGUUAUUUUUAUUUAGUAUCAAUGGUCUCCUAAUAAAAAGUAAGAGGUUUGAGAACAAUGUUUUUCCUAUGACCUGGUAUACUGUAUAUCUUCACUUUCAUUCAUUUCAUCACAAUCAGCAUGUUUUAUUAGCCCAUUAGGGACAAAGCACAGGUUUUCUCAUAUUUGAAACUAUGUGAUAUUUUAUGGAUUUAUAGCUUAGGCCCGCCACGCUUCUCUUAAACGGAUUAAUGGGUUUAGGGUGACAAUGUAUGACUCUGUAGCAAUUAUGAUUAAUUAUAAUGACCGUAACCAGAAGCUCAAUGUGCUCUUCAAGGGAUGACCCUGUAUCCAAUAUAACAUAAGCUUAAUACUAACUUUUACUCAAAUUUACUUAUUUACACUUUUUUUUGUUUGUUAAUAAUGUUUAUGUUAUUAUAUAAAAUAUAUAUAUUUUUGAAUACCGCUACGGCAUUUGUAAGUUACUCUAAUUUACCAUUAUAUUAUUUAUUUUAAACAGUGUUAUCGAGUGGAUAAUUAAUUAAACGGAUAAACGGAAAUCUAACCCAUACUUUUCUAGCUCAUCGUAACUCGUUAUGUUCAUACUAGAUGGCAUUGGCGGCUUUCGAUGGCUUGUUAAAAUCAGAUUCAUAAUUCAUAAUAUCUAUGGUCCAGUUGUGAAGGACUCUGGCCGGAAGGAAUCUCUAACUUUGUUUGGGAAAGUAUCCCCUGACAACAUAUUUAUUUUAUACUGGUCAAAAGUGCACCUGUAUGCUAAUUCACUAUCUUUGACAUAUCUAUGCUAGUUGAUAUUAACGAAAUUGAGAUUCUAUGUAAAAAUGUCAUCCGGUGCUUACUGGUGGAUGUCACACAAUAGGUACCUAAAUGACAUUUUCUCAAUUGAUUUAAUGUUUAUUUAAAUAGGUUGAUGAUAAAGACCAAAUAAAUGUACCUAUAGGCCAUCAGGUUUCGAACGUAAAACAUACUUAGGUAAGUAGGUACAUAAUUGCUUAUAGUCUAGGUAUAAUAUAAGUGCGCAUUAACCUGUAUGUAGUACCAACAUACAACAAUCGAGCCAGCCAACAUCAAGCUAUUCCUCACGAGCUGUACAACAAUAAAUGUUUUAAUUGUAUUUUUUUUAUUUGCUUUUCUGUAUUUUAUAUUAUGAAUAUUAUAUGAAUAUUAUAAUUUCUACCAAAUGAUUUUAUUUUUUUUAUUAAUUAAAUAAUUG